ACAUUUUUUGUUAAGUAAAGCGUCUCCUAAUAUUCCUCUCGCUCUGAUCCGGCUUCGAUAGUUCGCUGCUCGCGAAGAGGGAAUGAGACGGAGGUAGAGAAAGAAAGAUGGAUCAAAAGACGAAGAUGAAUGCGAUAAGGUCGGGGAUAGUGGUGGUGGGAACUUUGGCAUUCGGAUACCUGACCCUACAGCUGGGGUUCAAGCCCUUUCUCGAGAAAGCUCAAGAAAACCUCAAAAAAUCUGACCCCUCUCCGCCCUCCCAAUAGACACACCAAACUCUUGCUCUCUUUUAGAUCCUAUUUUUCUGUUGGGUUUGUUUCCUGUUUUUGUCUGGGUUUUACUGAACUGAGCCACGGUCUGUUUGGAUUAAGAGACAAGGGGAGAGAAAGAUGGAUUGGCAAGAAAAUUUGGAAGAUGAUGAAGAUGAAAAUUGGUUACUGAAUUGGGAUCGAAGAAGACGAAUGGCUGUGGCUCAAGUUCUUUGUUUGGUUGCAUAUGCAAUGUACAUGAGUCAUGUGUACUGCCAUAAAUACCUCAUUGAUCGGCCUGCAGCAUCUUUGAACAGCAAAAAACGCAAGGGUUCGGGGGAUGAUUUUUGUAUAAGAGAGUUUGAAGGCAUAAGGGCUGCAAUUAAAAAAGUUUCAGAAGCAUUCCGGGAGGGAAAUGCUAUUAUAAAGAAAGGCCAAGCUCGUGUUUACUCGGAGGAAGAAGUCUUUUCUGAAUUGGUGAACAUGGGUGUUGAACAGAACUUACGCUACAGGGCCUACACUUUCCUUACUGAAGAUGCUGCAAGAGUGAGGGCUUUCUUUGGUUGCCCAAUUGAUGAGCGCAAGAAGUUUUUGCUACAAAUGAUGUGCUGUCCCCUGGAUCCUUGAUGAGCCUGUGUUAUGGUGAGUGAGACAAGAUGCAACUUGUUUGUGAUGUUUUGUAGUUAUUUCUUUUGUGAAUGAUUAGGUGUGUUUUUUUUUUUUUAGUUGUUGGGUUGGGAGGAUAUUUUUUUUUUUUACUAAUGCUACAUGCUACUUAAACAUCCCACAUCCCACAAAGCUAACGUGGCAAAUCGAUUGUGUAUUAAUCAAUAUUCGUAGACCCUCGAGAAAGUAGUACAUCCCACAAAGCUAAAGAUUUUGAAAGCAAUAUUAUUUGUUGUUUCAAUGA